UGUCUUACUUUACAGCAAUGGGAGGAUUCCUGUUUCGAGCUCCACCUCCACCUCCACCUCCUCCACUUUUAGAUCAGCCAUGGAGGAAUCUGUCAUGGAACAAGCAGGAAGACCUCACUUUUGUGAGAACCUACCAACCUCGACACAAAGAAGUCAAACAUCUCAGGAUUCUGCUUCAUGGACCAACCGGUGCCGGCAAGUCCAGUUUCAUCAACUCUGUGGACAGUGUCUUACAAGGCAGAAUUGCCGGUCGAGUUCAAACAGAUGCAAUCUCUGGGAAAAGCUUCACCACAAAGGUAUGAAUACCUGUUGAUUGUUGUCAUACAACAAUUUUAGAAGAUCUUUCAAUACUUAAAGAACUACAUGCAGUUAAGAAUGGAUUGAAGACCACAUUUGUAAAAAAAAAAAAA